AAAACGAGGCGGAAGAAAAAUAGCCAAACGUAAACUGGGACCACAUUAGGUCCAUGACUGGAGAAACUGGUUUUUAAUCUUGUGUAAUGAAACUCUGCGGCACAGUGACUGUAACUGGAGGUUAACGGACUCGCACACCUUGCAGUGACAGCAACAACUAGUUAAAAACAAAGUGCGAACUUAGCUAAAAUUUACUCAAAAAGAAGAAGAAGCUAACAGCAGGAGAACAACUUGGCGCGUUUGGAUGAAGAGCAUAAUUAACUAGCACUGAUCAACAAAAUGGAUUUCAGCACAGCUGACCUGCCUGCCACUGUGGUACAUGACUCUCCAGCUUCUGAUGACUCCUCAGAUGAUGAGCCGCUGAUAAAGAUGAAAACACAGUUUGCAACUGCCAAGAAACCAGAGAAAAAAGAAAACACAUCAUCCAGAUCUAAUGGCACAAAUAAGAAUACAGAUUUGAACACAGAUGAUAGCUCUGACAAUGAGCCUCUGAUUAAGAUUGCCUCCAAAGUGCCUCAAAAAAGAUCUGUUGAUACAAAGGAAAAAGAAUCACCGGAUGGCGAUGAUAGUUUGGAUGAUGAGCCUCUGAGUGAAAUUGCCAAAAAACUUAAAUCCAAACAUCAGCCAUCCAAGUCAUCUGUUGUGCCAUCUGGAAAAACAUCCCCAGAUAUGAAAUCCAAAAGGAACACAGCAAGGAAAAAGGUUAAAUAUGCAGAGUCUUCCAGUGGCAGCUCAGAUGAUGAACCACUGGCAACAUUAAAGAGAAAGAGGACAAAGGCUGCUAAGGAGCAGAAGACUUCAGCAAACAAGAAAACAAAAACAAAACUUACAGAGAAAACACGAAAAGACAGCAGCUCUGAUGAUGAGCCUUUGGUGAACCUCAUUGCCAAAAAGAAGAAACCAGUGCAGAAAAACACAAAGAAUACAACAGUACAGCAAGGACUGUCUGAUGGAAGCUCAGAUGAUGAACCCUUGAUUAACCUUGUGAAAAAGAUCCACACAGGCAAACAAACAAAAACCAAAACAGAGGCUUCAGCUCCAAAAAAGAGGAACACAAUUUCGAAAAAGCAAAUAAGGAUGGUUGUAUCAGGGUCGUCGAGCAACAGUUCAGAUGAUGAACCCUUAAUCAAAGCAGCUAAACACCCACAAGUGACCAAAAUCCUGAGAAUAAUACUGGAGAGGUGUGAUGGUGAAGACACUGGGCCAACAGGAAACCUGAUUAAAACCCAAACAGCAGAAACACCGAUUGCUGAAGAGCCAACAAAGGAAGAAUCAGAAGGUUCAGAGGAAUCAUCAGAAGAAGAAUAAGCAGAAGAAUCAUAAAGCUGUAACAGUGUGAAGAAAUGGCUCUUUAUUGUCACCUUUCAGCUUCGGGACAGUGAAGUUCAAACCGCUCAGUGGCUCCAAGUUUGAGGAACUUGCCAAACUGUUCUAAAUCUCACAGACAUCUCUUAAAAAUCACAGUUAGUGUUAAUGUAAAGUUAUGGUGUGUUUUAUAUAUAUACAUGUUAAUUUAAGGUGACAGUAUUUUUACUCCAGUUUUUAGCUUUGGAACCAAGUUUUGCUGGUUCCAGGAAGAUUUUAUGCAUAAUUUGUUAUUUUAUUAUUUGUGUCUAUUAUUUGCAUCAGUUGUUUCCUCUGGUUUUUUUUAGGAGGAUAAUUUAACACUCAUUAUUUGAAAUUACAUUUGUGGUUUCAUAUGUGUACACUCAGCAUGCAGCAGUGAAAACCUGUUGUGUUGCAUUAAACUGCUUUCACUUGAUGAAUUCA